AUCGUUGUUUUUGGUGGGUUUAGACUGUUGUUGUGGAUAGUUGUUGGAGGGUUUACGUGGGUUGGGUUAUCGUUUUUGGUGGAGUUAGAUUGUAGUUGGUGGAUUGUAGUUGGUGGGUUUACGUUGUUUUUACUCGGCGGAAAACCGUCUAAUUAG